AUGACAACAACCGCUCCAAUACUAAAGCAACAGCAGCAGCAACAGCAGCAGCAACAGCCAUUUGUCAACGACAGGUCGCUACAAUCUCAAGCGCAUACAGAUAAUGAUAAGACGUUUCCUGCAGAGAAAUGCACGACAGUGAAAACAUCAAAAGAUUGGGUACUACCACCAAGACCCAAACCAGGAAAGAAACUAAAAGAGUUGAAAGCUAAGAAAACAUGCACUAAAAAGACACUAUCUGCUUCGGAUACAGUUGGAGAAAAUGCAGCACCAACAACCACUAAAAAAUCUGCUACCACCACCCCCUCAACCACUCGUAAAAGUACCAAGAAAAACAAUUGCUGCGCCAACGACUUGAACCCUGAUUUGUCAACUCCCACGUCUUUGCAACAAAACAUCUCCAUCAUUGACUCGGAAAACUCUUGUCUAAAAUCCAACUUGUUGUGUUUGAUCCACGAGUAUAAACAUUUAAAAAGUCUAGUCUUGAAUAAUUCGUCACCACUGUCAAAUGCAUCUGAGGAACCAGCCAUCACAACUACAUCGUCUCCCCCUCCCAUCACCUCUAAAUUGACUAACGAGUCGCUGAAAUGUGAUGUAGAGGAGAUGGUGGACUCGAUGGCUCAUGAAAUACGCGCAGUUCACAAACGUUCCUUUGUUGAAGUAUGUGAAGAAGAUGGGGGUAUGCUACUGAACAUCGAGAACGUUGCAGACGAUGUCGAACAAUCAGGUCAAAUAUCAACCUUUGCUCCCAGAAACUCGAUUAUCAGCACAACAACCUCAACAACUGUAUCAUCGCCAACUCGAGCUAAUCUGGGCCAUAACUCAACUAUUGACACUGUAGCCUCAACGCCUUUUGCUUCUACACUCGAAUUUGAGGAAUUUAUCAAUCUCGAUCAACCAGACAACAAGGACCCAAAUUCCGACGGAGUGGAAAUUGCUGCACCACCAAGCGCAACCUCAAGCUCCAUAUCAACGUCAACUUCAACGUACAGAAGUCAGAAGUUUGCCCAUUACAAGGAUUUUCACAAGUUGGACACUGAAGAAGAUUCCGAUGGCGACAUCAAUUUCGAAGAUGGUGAUUUGAUCAAUGGUGGUGAUGGUGGUGGUGGUUGCUGCGAUGAAGAAGAUGAUUUCCUUGGAGAGUUGUGCACGCCUUCAUCGAGCUCAUCUCAUGACUUGUCACGCACAACGUCGCCAUAUUCUGAUUAUGAAACUAACUCGUUGAUGAGUACAUUGACGAGAACAACCACUGGGUCGUCAAUUAGUACUAUGGUGCAUGAAAAGCCAAGUUUCACCAGUGAUAAGUUCCAUAAUAAUUGUGGAGGCGGAUUCGCUUCGGUCCACCCGCCACCUUUGACUUUGAAAAAGAUGGGCAAUUUCUUUGAUUUGCCAAAGUAUCAAGAGAAUGAUAAGUUGUACAGUUUCAAGUUUGACACUGCUGAGUAUCAAGCAAAGAGAAUUGAUGAUGAAUACAACUUGGUGACGGAUUUCUUGGAGGAGAAAUUGAUGAUUAAUGAAAUCAACUAUUAUCUGGAACAGCAACAACAACAACAACAGCAACAACAACAACAGCAGCAGCAACAACAACAACAGCAACAGCAACAGCAACAACAACAGCAGCAGCAACAACUUGGACAGGGAUCAAGCCAUGUGCAAAUGCACGGACAAUUACAGAAAGAGAAGCUGCAUCAACUACCACAACAGCAAGAAGCGUUGUUGGUGCACAACAAUAAUAAUGACGAUGAUGACGUUAACGAUAGGGGGCUGUUUAUGAAUUUUUACUGA